AGCAACAACAGAGUUUGCUGUCUUCACUACUCUCAGCUUAGGCCAACCUGGACUCCUUCAACCCAAAUGAGGUGGCCCCUACAUUUUAUAUGAAGGCUCUGAUUUACCAUGCAGCAGUGGUCCAUCUGGUAACAUGGCAAUCCAGUACAGACUGGAAGAGAAGACUGAGCAACAGAGCUAAAACACAGUGUAUUCCCAGGACCCACAUUGUGGAGACAGGAUGAAGCUGAGCAGCGAGAAGUUGCCCAAAAACCCUUUCUCUCUGUCUCAGUAUGCUGCCAAACAACAGAAAUUCUUCCAGUGGAAGAAGGAAAAGCCCGAUUAUUACCUCCACGCUAAUUUGGUGGAUACAGCAUUGCAGUUCCUGAAAGAAAGAAUAAGAAGAGGGGAUGCUAUGGCAUAUUUUCUAAGAGGCCAACUCUAUUUUGAAGAGGGCUGGUAUGAAGAAGCCUUGGCACAGUUUGAGGAAAUCCAGGAGAAAGACCAUCAAGCAAUUUAUCAGCUAGGAGUGAUGUAUUAUGAUGGGCUGGGGACCAUUGCAAAUGCUGAAAAAGGAGUGAAUUAUAUGAGGAAGAUCCUCGACUCUUCAUGCCCCCAGACAAUGCACUUGAAAUUCGCUGCUGCUUACAACCUCGGGAGAGCUUAUUUUGAAGGAAAGGGGGUGAAGCGAUCAGAUGAGGAAGCAGAGAGACUGUGGCUGCUUGCUGCCGACAAUGGAAACCCAAAAGCUAGUGUGAAGGCGCAAAGUAUUCUAGGAUUGUUUUAUUCAAUGAAAGAGCCCAAAGAGUUGGAAAAGGCAUUUUUCUGGCAUUCGGAAGCUUGUGGCAACGGAAGUCUGGAGUCCCAGGGUGCACUUGGUCUCAUGUACUUUUACGGACAGGGAAUCCGCCAAGACACUGAUGCCGCCCUGCACUGCUUACGGGAAGCAGCUGAGCGAGGGAAUGUCUAUGCCCAGGGGACUCUUGUGGAAUACUACUACAAGAUGAAGUUUUUUACCAAGUGUGUUUCGUUUUCCAAAAGGAUAGCAGACUAUGAUGAAGUCCACGACAUCCCCAUGAUAGCCCACGUCACGGACUGUCUCCCAGAGUUUAUCAUCAAAGGCAUGGCCAUGGCGGCUUUCUACCACGGGCGCUGUCUCCAGCUGGGCUUAGGCAUCAUGAAAGACGAAGAAUCUGCCAAGCACUACUACUCUAAAGCUUGCCGUCUGAACCCUACAUUGGCAGAUGAACUUCACUCCUUACUCAUUCACCAGAGAAUUUAGACCACAGUGCAUUCUGUCAAAGAACUUAAACUACAAAGCAUUUCAACAAAGACCAUCAAUUCUAAUUUGAAACAAUGUGUGUAUGUUUACAGCAGCUACAUCUGUAUCCCUGUUACAUUAUCCAGGGUAUUUCACAGAAAUUUUAGUUUUGUUCUUAUAUUUUUAUUCUGUAAUUUUUACAAACUAAAAUUUAGACACCAAUCAAAUUGCUGGGAAGAGUAUUCCGAGAGCAACCUCUUAGCCUGUAGAGUGGCCUGGGCUGAACUGGGUUUGAAAACAUGCCAAGAGCAAAUACCUCUCUGCCUUAUUAAAUGCAGUGUCUGUAACUACCUAGUACAGAUUGAGUUUUGUCAUUUCCAAAGUACAUGUGCUGCCAACUUAAAAACGUAAUUGGAAAGCUUAAUUCUUAUGUUUUCUCUAGCAUUUGUUUAAUUUUAUGAAUUUUUCUAAUUUAAAAUAUAUUUAGUCAUCUAAAAUGUUUCAGAAAAUUAAAUGAAGGCCAAGGGAAAUUUAACGAUAAGACUUUCAAAUCCUUUUUGCAGAAAGUGUAUGAUGUUUCUAUAACUUAUUUAAAGAUUCUUAUAGAUAAUUGGCUAAUUUGUAAAUUUUAAAAAAGGGGUUUAAGGAAUUAUUUAGUAUCAUGUCCCUCCAAAUGUGCCCUCAAAGAUCUUAAUUUAAUGAACAAAACCAUUAAGACUCCUAGAUGAAGAAUUAUAGUAAUAUGCUUUUGUUUGAGUUCAUUUUUUACAUUUUUAAACAAAUCCUAGAAACAUUUCUAUACGAGAUAAAAUAUGGGAAAACCUCAUAAGAAGUAUUAACCUAAGAAUUGCAUCUGAUUGUUUUGUCAUCUAGCCUAAGAAAGCUUACUUAGAAAAAGAUUUCUUCAUAAACAAUGUGUAGGUUAGAACACAUAGAAAUGGAUUUCCUCAUGACAUCCUCAUAUGUGUGUUCCCAUACUCUGGUCUCAUCUUCUCCCUCACCACCCUCCCUUGAGCCACACCCCCACAGACAGCCCCUCCCCUCCAUCACCACCCUCCCUCCCUCAGAUCCCACCACCACCAGUAGCCCCUCCCUCACUGCCCACCUUCCCUUGAGCCACACGCCCACCGUGAUGCCUAAGACAUCACUGCCCCUUUCCUUUCUUCAGCUAAUUUCGCCUUCUAUUCUUCCCCACUUCCCUUGAGAUUCCCUCCUCUUAUGAUCCUCUAUUCUCAUGAGCUAUAAACACACACAGAUAAAUACAAACACUGCUCUACAUAUACACACAUUUUCAAAUCUUGGUUCCAUGUCAGGGAAAACAGGGGUUUGCCCUUCAAGUCUUAUUUAACAUGAUGCCUUCCAGUCCCAUCCAUUUUCCUGAAAGCAUGCUGUUUUUCAUUAUGGAUGCAUCAGAGUCCACUGCCUUGGUUUCGAAUUUUCUUUCUCCACUCAUCUGUAAAUGGAAGCUGGUUGCACUUCCUAGCUGUGAAGAGUGCAGAGAUAAAUAUGGAUGCUUAUCUCUGUGGUGUGUUGUCCAGAAGAAUCCUUUAGGCACACACCCAGGAGUGAUAUAGCUAGGCAAAGUGUAGUUAUUUUUGCCCAUCUACUUGGUUGGAUAAAUCUGGGUUUUACUGUCUAAUUUUUGUAGUUAUUUGUAUAGCAUAGAUAUUAAAGUUAUUAUUAGUUAAUGAAGAAUUUUUCCUAUUUUGUAGAUUUUCUCUUCACUCUGAUACUCUCGCCUUCACUUUGAAGAAACUUCUAAAUACUUAUGAAAUUAAUUAGCAGACAUUUUUCCUUAUGUUUGUGACAUAAUAUCUAAGUAUUGUAUAAAAAUUAAAUUAGCAGGCUAGGUGGCACUUGGGAGGCAGAGGCAGGUGGUUAUCGUUUGAGUUUGAGGUUAGCCAGGGGUAUAAUGAGACUGUCUCAGAAAAAAAGAAAGAACAUGUAAUUAGCAACAGCCUAUCUUACUGUCAAUGAAAUCUGCCAAAAAAAGGUGACAGUGAAAACAGUACAAGGUAUGUUUUAAUUGUGUAGUGCCAUGUUUGUGAAAUGUAUUAAAAACAAUAGGUUUUAAGGUUAUCUUAAUUCCCCCUUUUGUCAGCAUAUUAGCUGGUAUGACCUUAAUUUAUAAAUUAAAUGUCAUUUUCCUUUGAAAAAUUAAAUUUUAUUUUGUGUGUAUG